AUGAGUUCUGCACCGAAUGGGCGCAAAAAGCGCCCCAGCCGGUCUACCCGCUCCUCGAUCUUCCAGAUCAGCAAGCCUCCGCUGCAGAGCGGGGAUUGGGAGCGCAGGGGCAGCGGCUCCGAAAGCGCCCACAAAACCCAACGAGCCCUGGACGACUGCAAGAUGCUUGUCCAAGAGUUCAACACACAAGUGGCCCUGUAUCGAGAGUUGGUCAUUUCUAUUGGGGACGUCUCCGUCAGUUGCCCCUCACUACGGGCGGAAAUGCACAAGACAAGAACCAAAGGCUGUGAAAUGGCCCGUCAGGCACACCAAAAGCUGGCUGCCAUCUCAGGCCCGGAAGAUGGUGAGAUCCAUCCCGAAAUCUGCCGGCUUUACAUCCAGCUUCAGUGUUGCCUAGAGAUGUAUACAACGGAGAUGCUGAAAUCCAUUUGUCUGCUGGGGUCUCUUCAGUUUCAUCGAAAAGGAAAGGAAGCAAGUGGGGGAGCAAAGAGUUUGGACAGCAAAAUUGAAGAGAACGCUGAAACACCUGCCCUGGAGGACUCAUCAUCAUCCCCUCUAGAAAGCCAGCAGCAGUCCUGGCAGGUUUCCACAGACAUUGAGAACACUGAAAGAGACAUGCGAGAAAUGAAAAACCUCCUAAGCAAACUCAGGGAAACCAUGCCUUUACCGCUGAAAAAUCAAGAUGACAGCAGCCUUCUGAAUCUAACUCCCUACCCCAUGGUUAGAAGACGGAAGAGACGGUUCUUUGGGUUGUGUUGUCUUGUCUCAAGCUAG